AAAGUAAGCCCGCUUACCAGUUCGACGUCGAGCUUCACGAAAGAACGCCCUGAUGUCCCAAAAUUGGCUUUGGAGACCUGAGUGCCGCAUCAGACUUUGCAUAGAAGCUCAACAACUGGCGCGUGGAUUCGGGGGAAUAUCGCGGCAGACAAGGAGCGCCACGGCGGUUCAAAGUCAUCGAUGGAUAACCCAAAUCGUUCGCCAGGAAGGCGAGACUACAAGCGUGUCAUCUGUCACAGCCUUUGUUCUCAAAGCUCCAUCCCUGGGCGGGUCGUUCGUUUCUGCUAGCCUGCUUGCGCAAUGUCGUUUGAUCGACCUGGUCGUGCUGGCAUCCUCCUGGCUCCGCUUCCAUGCGGCGUCGCCAUUUGAGGAUGACGACAAUAUGUUUGCUGAAAGUGCAUAUAUUGUUCGAAAGUACCUCGUACCUAAAUACCUUGAUUCCUGGUAUCAGAUGCACCGAUACGACUCUUUGAUGCAUUCCCAACGCUUAACGGUGGUUUGUAUGAAAUUUCCCAAGAAAUAUUUAUACUUGACAUUCAGCUUCUGGGCCAUUAGCUUGCUGAGUGGACAGGUUCUUGCUAAAUGUACAUAACAAAAAUGCCUGUGUCGAGGGAAUUCCGACCGGAUUCCAGAAGGAAAGAUGUUUAUCCGACGCCAAUCAGAUCAUAUUCCUCCGAUAGGCUUAUUAUGACGUUUUACAGAACCGAACCGACCGUGCAGCAAAGAUGUUGAUUUAAGUUGGUGCUAUGAUUUAAGCC